ACAGUACAGUUAGGUUCAUAAAUAUUUGGAAAUCGACACAAUUCUAAUAUUUUUGGCUCUAUACACUAACACAAUGGAUUUAAAAUUAAACGAACAAGAUAUGCUUUAACUGCAGACUGUCAGCUUUAAUUUGAGGGUAUUUACAUCCAAAUUAGGUGAAUGCUGUAGGAAUUACAGCGGUUUAAAUAUGCCAUGUUCAAAGUUACUUAAAUCACCUUUCUUCCCUCAGGUUGCUCAGGUUGAACUGCAGCAGAUUGCCUUGACCAUGUCUUUAUGCCUACUUGCAUUGAGUUGCUGUCGUGUGAUUGGCUGAUUAGAAAAUUGCGUUACAGAGCAGUUGGACAGGUGUACCUAAUAAAGUGGCCGGCUAUUGUUCUAGAGUCAGCCAGUAAAACAUGUGCCAGGGUUGUGGAUCACUCACCGUGGUGACCCCGGAUGAAGAACUGAAUAUGCAGAGAGUGCUUUACAGUGUGUUUGCCAUCGUCAUCAGUGUCUAUCGAUCUUCUACUUCUUCUGUAUUUCGUCAUUGCAUUUGUCAUCAGCAUGUCAACCAUUGAUUUUAACCAUCUUUCCAACCUGAUUCCUGCCUCUCUGUCACCUGAGAGCGCAGAAGAGCUCGCCACGGCCCUCUCCACCGGCCGCUGGUGGGCUAUCAUGGAGGUUUUACACCCCAUCGAUGAGGAGCGUCAGUUUGACUUCACUUCAGUUUACCAGAGUCAAACUGUGGAGGACGACAGAGAGUUUUCUGCGUCUGGUCCAGCAGAGACAGCAGAUGCGUCCUCCGUCCCUGAGGCCUCAGAUGAGCUCGCCACUGCCCUCGCUGCAGGGGCCAUCAUGGAGGUUGAGCGCCCUAUUGAGGAGCCUCAGGUUGACAUCUCCUCGGUGCAGUUUUUGGAGGCACCAGAAAUAUCACCGGGAGCUUCUGUGCCUGAGAACAGGGAACCCACCACAUCCCCAGUCCUCAAGAGCCAGAUUGAGCCGUCUGGAGCUCCCGGAUAUGCUGAGUCUGACACCCCGGGCUAUCUCUUUUUCGGAUAUGAAAACCCCACGCCUGCUUUGACCCUACCUGCGUCUUCUGACAAUGGAGACGUGUGUCAGAUGGCUUCAGCGAAGCCUAAAGAUCCGAAAAGAUUUCGAAGAUUUUCGAGGUGUCGCCGGUCUCCUACUCUGCUGAAGAUAAGGGAAGCAUGGCUUAAAGCAUUUGCGGACCACAUGCCUCUUCAGAACCAGCAGCAUGUGGAGCUUGUAGCCAGUAGGGGACAAAAUCAGAUCCCUGAGGAGCAGCAACAGGAUGAACCUGGAAGACUUCAGCAGAGAGAUUUGAAUGAAAUAAUCCAUGAGCUUCUGUCUGGUCUUCAGUCUGCUCGUCCUCUCAGAACAAUGAGAGAACCGCAGGAUGAAGCAUUUGUGAAUCAGAUGCCUCAUCAGAACCAGCAGCAUGAGGAGGUUGUGGCCAGUAGGGGACAAAAUCAGAUCCCUGAACCACAGCCUGAGGAGCAGCAACAGGAUGAACCUGAAAGACCUCAGCAGAGAGAUUUAGUAGUGAAUGGAAGAGUCCGUGGGGUUCUGCGAGGUCUUCAGUCUGCUCGCCCUCUCAGAAGAAUGAGACAAUUGCAGCAUGAAGCAAUUGUGAACCACAUGCCUGAUCAGAACCAGCAGCAUGUGGAGGCUGUAGCCAGUAGGGGACAAAACCAGAUCCCUGAACCACAGCCUGAGGAGCAGCAACAGGAUGAACCUGAAAGACCUCAGCAGAGAGAUUUAGUAGUGAAUGGAAGAGUCCGUGGGGUUCUGCGGGGUCUUCAGUCUGCUCGUCCUCUCAGAAGAAUGAGAGAACAGGAUGAAGCAUUUGUGAAUCAGAUGCCUCAUCAGAACCAGCAGCAUGAGGAGGUUGUGGCCAGUAGGGGACAAAAUCAGAUCCCUGAACCACAGCCUGAGGAGCAGCAACAGGAUGAACCUGAAAGACCUCAGCAGAGAGAUUUAGUAGUGAAUGGAAGAGUGCGUGGGGUUCUGCGUGGUCUUCAGUCUGCUCGUCCUCUCAGAAGGAGGAGGGAACAGGACGACAUUGUUAAUCUCCAGAACCCUCCUCUCCGACCCCCUCUUGCUGGUCCCCCGCCUACCUACAUUCGCAGGAUGGUGGUGGGCAACAAUGGAGAUUUUGCACGCCAUUGAUGAGGAAACUGAAAGAUCAGCCUCAAAGAUGAACAAAUAAAUCAAUAAAGACAUUUUUAAAGUG